AGGUCACUAUUAUUCCAAAAAAGAAAAGCAAAUUUAUCUAAAAGUCUAGUUCUUUCCAAUUCUCUCAGCUCAGUGAUUCCCUUUCACAAUGGCAGAAGAGUUGAUAUUAUUGGAUGAAUGGCUUAGUAUGUUUGGUAUGAGAGCAAGGAUAGCAUUGGCUGAAAAAGGCAUAAAGUAUGAAUACAAGGAAGAAGAUCUUGAAAACAAGAGCCAAAUGCUUUUGAAAAUGAACCCAAUUCACAAGAAGAUUCCUGUUCUUAUCCAUAAGGGAAAACCAAUUUCUGAGUCCAUCAUUAUUGUUGAAUAUAUUGAUGAGGUUUGGAAGGAUAAGGUCCCAUUUCUACCCUCAGAUCCUUAUCAGAAAGCUCAAGCAAGAUUUUGGGCUGAUUUUGUCAACAAAAAGGUUGGUGAUGUUGGAGGGAGGAUAUGGGCUGGAAAGAGAGAUGAGAUUGAAUUAGCAAAGAAGGAGUUGAUUGAAGGCUUAAAGGAAUUAGAGAAUGUGCUUGGAGACCAACCUUAUUUUGGUGGUGACACAUUUGGGUUUGUUGACAUUGCUUUGAUCCCUUUCUAUAGUUGGUUUUAUACUUAUGAGAAAUUAUGCAACUUCAAAGUUGAGGAAGAGUGUGAAAAGCUGAUUGUUUGGGCAAAGAAUUGCAAGCAAAAAGAGAGUGUUUCCAAAUCUAUUGCUGAUGAGAAAGAAGUGUAUGAUUUUGUUGUUAACUAUAGGAAGAGGUUUGAGUUGGAUUGAGAAGACACUUUGGACUCUGAGAAAUUUGUUGUUAACAACCCAAAUCAACAAAUUCAUUUUCUUUUAAGGUAACCGGUUAAUAACGCAUAUGAUUUUUUUUUUUUGGUGUGAAAAAAAACAAUAUAAUUAUUUUCCCUUAUUUUUUAUGUGAAGAAAACAAUAUAGCAAUUUUUCCUUAAUUAAUAUGAUAGUCUUAUUCAUA